AUGCCUGGCGGAGAACGGGACCAAUUACCAUUGGGCUACCCGGACAAGGCAUCCUUAAGGAAGAACAUUGCUGGACAGACAGUGACGAUGAAAGCGGCUCCAAUCUACGAAAUCCAUCUGGACACUGGCUUGUCGGAAAGGACAACUGAAACAGCGGAAGUUGGUAUCGGUGAAGCGUUUCAUCUGCGGUGUUCGAUACAGGGGCACGUGCACAAGGACAACAAGAUCAUCUGGCUGCUAGAAGGUCAAGAGUUGCAAAGCAGUCACAACUGUCGAAUUCACACCAGAAAGAACAAGAGGGUGUCUACUCUGAAGAUCGCAAAGUGCAGUGCCGAGCACAUCGGGACAUAUGAAUGUGGCACCAGAAGUACUCGAGGCAUAUUAAUAACCAAGAAGUUUGUCGUUAAGAUGAGGCCAAAAUCAUACAACGCCUCGCUUUACGGAGAAGUACUCUGCUCUGAUGCGAAGAAAGCGUACUGCUUAAAUGAAGGAAUAUGUCUGUACCACGUGGCAAGCGAUACCUACGCGUGCAGAUGCAUGCCCGAAUACAUUGGCAUGCGUUGCGAGUACCUGGCCACUUCGGUGAUUGCCAGCGUUCAGUCGAGUGACGUUAGGUUAGCCGAAAUGCAAAAGGUAUUUAUUGGUCUCUUGUCAGUGAUGGCUAUAGCGCUGAUGACACUUCUUGUCUUGUUCAUUUAUUGCCUGAGGAGAAAACGCAAUGCGAAAAGCUUUGUGCUGGAAAGUGGAUGGCUUUCGCGGAGGUCCCAUAAGAAGCAUGACAACUUUGUAACCGACGAAGGAUCAACGUCCUCGAUCAGCAAACACGUUUCAUGCAGCAAAUGCGGCAGAGAAUUUCGGUCUGACUGUCAGGUACCUGAUGCAGCAGUUCGAUACUUCCAGCCGGUCAGACUGGCUGAGGCAUCGACUCAGUGGUCACCGCCACGUCAUGCAGAAAACAGCACUGAAUCGAUGAAGCCUCUUGUUCUAUCACCCAGAGCAUCGAACCUGAUUUCUGGCUAUUCAGAUGGAAGCACGAUUGAUGUGAAGGAAUUGGAAGCAAUGAUCGAACGCAGCAGCUCAGCUAGGGUAAAACAGACAGAAUACCUACCACAACCGUAG